CUCGUUCUCACAAAAAUAUAUUUGUAACUUUGACAACAGAAAAAUAACCUGCCUGCAACCGCAAUUUCUGUGAUACGUGUUAAACAAAAACUGAAUUUUUUCUUCUGCUGGAUUUGAAUUCUUUAAAAGGAAUUAAAAAUUGGAUCAAUUCUUAAAGUAUCAUAAUGUCUGCUAUCAUAGAAAAGUUUAAAAGUCUUCCUGUUCAUAUGGAUUUUGAUGGUCAAAAGAAGGCUGAGCGAAUUUUUCAAACAAUAAUUCUUUUGUUUGCUUUUUCUGGCUUAAUGGUUGGCUACUCUUUUCAACAAUUUUCAUACACAGUUUAUAUUCUUGGAGCUGGAUUUCUUUUAUCAAGUUUAUUGACUCUUCCUCCUUGGCCAAUGUUUCGUCAAAAACCAUUAAAUUGGCAGAAAAGCAGAGAUGAACCAAUUGAAAGCUCUAAAUCUAAGAAGAAGAAAUAAAUACUUUUUUUGUGUGUGUGUCUUCUCGUGCAUACUUUUUGAGUUUUGUAUAUAAUGAAAAUUUGGUCAUUUUUCUUUACAAUCAAAAACAUUUUUAAAAUAAAAAUAAAUAAUUUUGA